AUGCUCGAGGACGCCGGGGGGGUCGAACUCGUCGAAAACCUCGGCGAAUCCGACGCGGAGGGCCGGCCAAAGGUGGCCCCGUGGGCCGGAAACGCCCACGUCCCGCAGGACGUCAACUUCUACGAGAUGGGCCGCCACCCUUGGGAGGACACCCCGUCGUCCUGGCGCCGCGACGGCUUCACCGAGCCCUCCAAGGCCUACUUCGAGGCCCAGUUCCGCGAGGCCGAAAAGGCCCUCUACGAGGACGACCUCGGCGGCCCGCGGCGCUACUGGCCCUCCAAGGACGCCGUGGAGUCCACCCACAGCGAGGUCGAGGAAAGGGGCGCCGAGCUCCUCCAGCGCCGGCUGUACGGCGAACUCGCGCGCGCCAAACGCGGGGUCGAGCCGUGGGCGGCGAACCUCCGUGAGAAGGCCCUCGAGGGAAAGCUCCCCUACCGCCUCGAGGUCGCGACCCAGGCGGAGAAAAUCUACGACGACGAGUACUACCGCUGGUUUAUCAACCCCGGCCAUCACCCGAACCCCUCCGGGCUCACCCUCGGACGCCCGAAAGACUCGGACAAAUCCAUCGAGGAUCGCGAGUUGGAGCGGUUUUUGAAUACCAUGCUCGCAGGGGCAACCCUUUCGAGCUCUUCGGAGGAGGGGGAGAAAGCCCUGGGUGAGUUCGCCGAGGAGGACGAGGACGAGGACGCUACAGACACCGAAAAGGAAAAGCCGGAUGAGGAUCUGGUGUGA